GUCACCUGUAUUGUCUCCGACGGAUCCAUGAGCUUCACCGUUGUAGCUGCUGAAGAACUGGGCCUCCCCAUUGUGCUAUUUUGGACUCCGAGCGCUUGUGGCUUCAUGGCUUAUCUUCACUACCGUCAACUCAUUCAAAAGGGCCUUACUCCUCUCAAAGAUGAGAGUUACUUGACAAAUGGAUACCUGGACACUGUUAUAGAUUGGAUACCUGGCAUGAAGGGUAUCCGAUUGAAAGACCUGCCAAGCUUUCUCAGGACUACUGAUCGAAAUUUCGUCAUGCUAGAUUAUAUUUUGGGUGAGACAGAGAGAGCUAAAAGGGCCUCUGCAAUUGUGUUGAACACGUUUGAUGCACUGGAGCACGAUGUUUUGACCGCAAUGGUUCCAAUGCUUCCUCCUGUUUUUCCCGUAGGCCCUUUGCACCUUCGAGUGAACCAUCUUGCAAACGAUGAAACAAAGCAGAUAGGGUUAAGUUUAUGGAAGGAAGAGCACGAGUGUCUUUCAUGGCUAGACUCAAAAGAACCAAACUCAGUUGUUUAUGCAAAUUUUGGAAGCAUAACUGUCAUGACAGCCAACCAACUGGUUGAGUUCGCUUGGGGGCUGGCGAGCAGCAACCAGAAAUUCUUGUGGGUGAUCAGACUUGAUCUUGUAUCCGGCGAGUCAGCAAUCUUGCCGCAGGAGUUCAUGGAAGAGACCAAGGAGAGAGGUCUACUGAUUAACUGGUGCCCACAAGAACAAGUUUUAAGCCACCCAUCAAUCGGCGGAUUCUUGACACAUAGCGGGUGGAAUUCGACCAUUGAGAGUAUCAGUGCGGGCGUGCCGAUGCUCUGUUGGCCGUUCUUUGCAGAGCAGCAGACAAAUUGCAAAUACAGUUGCCAGGAAUGGGGUAUAGGGAUGGAGAUUAACAGUGAUGUUAAAAGAGAUGAAGUUGGGAGGCUUGUUCGAGAGCUAAUGGAAGGCGACAAAGGGAAAGAAAUGAAGAAGAAAGCCAUUGAGUGGAGGAGAAUGGCGGAGGACGCCACUCGGGGUCCCAGUGGAUCCUCAUAUCUAAACUUUAAUGCACUAAUUGACAAAAUAUGUCUGAUCGAAUGAGUAGACAAGUGUAGAGGGGAAGAUUAAAGUAAAAGUAUGGUAGAAAUAGAAAGCAG